AUGGGUUCCAGACUCCAUCUUCAGCAGAUCAAGAAUGGGCCGCCACUCCCGUACAAGGACGAUAUCCGGGCCUUCACAAGGGAAUACGCGGCAUCUCUAGACUCCCAAGACCCUCUGACUUCUGUCUCUGAUGGCUCGGACGCCCGUUGUAUCUACCUCUGUGGAAACUCGCUAGGCCUCCAACCGCGCAAUACCAAGAAAUACAUUGAGUAUUACCUGCGGACAUGGGCCAUCAAAGGUGUUACCGGGCAUUUUGUCCACCACGAGGACGAACUGCUGCCUCCGUUUGUUGAUGUCGACUCAGCGGGUGCAAAGCUCAUGGCUCCUGUUGUUGGAGCGCUGCAGAGUGAAGUGGCAGUUAUGGGCAGCUUAACAGCAAACUUGCACCUACUCAUGUCUAGCUUCUACCGGCCGACUGCGGAGAGGUAUAAGAUCAUCAUUGAGGGGAAGGCUUUCCCAAGUGAUCAUUAUGCUGUCGAGUCUCAGAUCCGGCACCAUAACCUUCAGCCAAAGGAUGCUAUGGUCCUUGUUGAACCACAAGACCCUGAACAUCCGAUUCUCGAAACUGACCAUAUACUUCGGGUUAUCGAUGAGCAUGCUUCGAGCACAUCUUUACUUCUUCUUUCUGCUGUCCAGUACUAUACUGGUCAGUACUUCGACAUUGAAAGGAUCACCGCACAUGCCCAGUCUAACGGCAUCGUGGUUGGGUGGGACUGUGCGCACGCAGCGGGCAAUGUUGACCUGAAAUUGCAUGAGUGGAAUGUGGACUUUGCUGCGUGGUGCAACUACAAAUACCUCAACAGCGGCCCAGGCGGGAUGGCUGGGAUCUUCGUGCAUGAGAGACAUGGAGAGGUGAAGACGAGUAAAGGCGAUGGGGAACUGGAAUCAUUCCGACCCCGACUUUCUGGCUGGUGGGGGGGAGACAAAGCUACUCGAUUCCUCAUGGACAAUAAAUUCGUCCCUCAGGCCGGCGCAGCAGGGUACCAGUUGUCCAAUCCUUCCGUCUUGGACCUAAACGCCGUCGCAGCCUCACUGGAAUUGUUCAACCGAACCUCCAUGGCUGAGAUCCGCCAAAAGUCGCUCAGUCUCACAGGAUACCUCGAGCACCUCCUCCUAAAAUCUCCUCUUGAUGGGCUUUCUGAGAAGCCCUUCUCUAUCAUCACCCCGUCGAAUCCGUCAGAACGCGGCGCUCAGCUCAGCCUCCGCCUGGCACCAGGUCUGCUAGACAGUGUUCUUGAGACGUUGGAAGAGCACGCGGUUGUGAUCGACGAGAGGAAACCAGAUGUUAUUAGGGUUGCACCCGCGCCCUUGUACAACACGUACGAAGAGGUGUGGCAGUUUUGCCAGAUCUUCGCAGACGCCUGCCGCAAAGCGUUUCAGUGA